AUGGACAAAAACAAACAGGCAAACAAACAAACAGACAAACAAACAAAUAGACAAGCAAAGAAGCAAGCAAACAAACAAACAAGCAAACAAACAAAGAAACAGACAAACAAGCAAAUAAACAAGCAAAGAAACAAACAAACAAAGGAACAGAUGAACAAACAAGCAAACAAGCAAAGAAGCAAGCAAACAAACAAACAAGCAAACAAACGAACGAACGAAAAAAACAAUAAACAGAAACAAACAGACAGACAAGCAAACAAACAAAGGAACAAAUAA